AUGUCUUCCGCACCCCACAAAAAGGCGCUCCUGAAAGUGAUCAUCCUCGGCGACUCGGGCGUCGGCAAGACGUCACUGAUGAAUCAAUUUGUCGAUCAGCGCUUUUCGAAUCAGCAUAAAGUGACGAUCGGAGCCGAUUUUAUCAUGAAAGACAUGUUGGUUGAUGGUCGCCUGGUGACAAUGCAGAUCUGGGACACGGCCGGCCAAGAACGUUUCCAGUCGCUUGGCGUAGCAUUUUAUCGAGGUGCCGAUUGCUGUGUAUUGGCAUAUGAUGUCACGAAUUCGACGUCUUUCAAGAAUCUCGACCCGUGGAGGGAUGAAUUCUUGAUUCAGGCUUCCCCCCGGGACCCUGAACAUUUUCCCUUUGUUUUGCUAGGAAAUAAGGUGGAUCUCGCGCAAGACCGUGCGGUCUCGAGGAAAAAAGCCGAAGCGUGGUGCCAGACAAAGACCAAAAUGCCCUAUUUUGAGGUAUCCGCGAAAGAAGCUGUCAACAUCGAUUUGGCUUUCCAGACGAUUGCGCGGGCUGCCCUGGCACGGGAAUCGCAGGAUACACAGGAUUUCCCAGACUUUCCGGCACAGGUACUACUCGACUGCGGGAAUGCUAAGAGUUCCAGCUUCUGCAGCUGCCAA